GACCACAGGUACUUCUUCAAAAAUCCAGCACCCAAAGCAAAAUGUGGAAUUUAGCCCUUAGACAAACUCAGCAGCUCAGGUACUUGAGAUGUAAGUAGUUAAAGAACAAGGUGGUGUUUACUUGAGUCUAAAGAGCAAUGGCCUCGGGGAAAGAGCCCACGGUGAAGGCUCUGGUGUUUGAAAUGAUAAACUGGGGCACAUUUUACUUAGGUUUUUGUUUGUGGCUGGAGAUUUACAGUUUAGAUAGGGUGUGGGAGGAACCAUAGUUUACAAAUUCCCCACAGGGUGGAGUCUGAGCAGUUCUUUGAAUUUCUCACCCCAAAGUCUGACAUAAAUUUGCCAGGAACUGUUGAGAAGUCCCUUUACAGGUUCUGGGAGCUGCAUACCCCAUCAGAAUCCUAGCAGAGAAUCGUUUGUAAUGCAGCCUUCACCUCUUGAGCUGCCAGGUGACACUGUGCAGCGCAUAGCGGCUGAACUCAAAUGUCACCCAACAGAUGAGCAGGUGGCUCUCCGCCUAGAUGAGGAAGAUAAACUGAGGCGCUUCAGAGAAUAUUUUUAUAUUCCCAAAAUGCAGGAUCUGCCUCCAAUUGAUUUAUCUCUAGUGAAUAAGGAUGAAAAUGCCAUCUAUUUUUUGGGAAAUUCUCUCGGCCUUCAACCAAAAAUGGUUAAAACAUACAUUGAAGAAGAGCUAGAAAAAUGGGCCAAAAUGGGAAGCUAUGGUCAUGAAGUAGGAAAGCGUCCUUGGAUCACAGGAGAUGAGACUAUCGUAGGACUUAUGAAGGACAUUGUAGGAGCCAAUGAGAAAGAAAUUGUCUUAAUGAAUGCUUUGACUGUUAAUUUACAUCUUCUACUGUUGUCAUUUUUUAAGCCUACUCCAAAACGGCAUAAAAUUCUUCUGGAAGCCAAAGCCUUCCCUUCUGAUCAUUAUGCUAUUGAAUCACAACUACAACUUCACGGACUUAAUGUUGAGGAAAGUAUGCGGACCAUAAAGCCAAGAGAGGGGGAAGAAACCUUAAGAACAGAGGAUAUCCUUGAAGUAAUUGAGAAGGAAGGAGACUCGGUUGCAUUGAUCGUGUUCAGUGGGGUGCAUUUUUACACUGGACAGCUUUUCAAUAUACCUGCCAUCACCAAAGCUGGACAAGCAAAGGGUUGUUUUGUUGGCUUUGAUCUAGCACAUGCAGUUGGAAAUGUUGAACUUCACUUACACGACUGGGGAGUUGAUUUUGCCUGCUGGUGUUCCUACAAGUAUUUAAAUUCAGGAGCCGGAGGUAUUGCUGGCGCCUUUGUCCAUGAAAAGCACACCCAUACAAUUAAGCCUGCGUUAGUGGGAUGGUUUGGCCAUGAACCCAGAACAAGGUUUGAAAUGGAUAACAAACUGAAAUUAAUCCCUGGGGCCAGUGGAUUUCGAAUUUCAAAUCCUCCCAUUUUGUUAGUUUGUUCCCUUCAAGCUAGUUUAGAGAUCUUUCAGCAGGCAACUAUGAAAGCAUUGAGGAGAAAAUCUAUUUUGCUAACUGGGUAUCUGGAAUACCUUCUUAAGCAUUACUAUAGCAAAGAUAAAGCACAUACCCAGAAACCAACUGUGAACAUAAUCACGCCAUCCCAUAUAGAACAUCGGGGUUGCCAGCUAACACUAACAUUUUCUGUAUCUAAGACAAAUGUUUUCCAAGAACUAGAGAAAAGAGGAGUGGUUUGUGACAAGAGAGAGCCGGAUGGCAUUCGAGUGGCUCCAGUUCCUCUCUACAAUUCUUUUCACGAUGUUUAUAAAUUUGUUAGUCUGCUCACUUCUGUACUUGACUAUACAGAAACAAAAAAUUAAGUGUUUUCUAGAAUUUAGGCUAUUAUACUGAAAGUUGCUGUGCUUUCUAGUGCUACUCAUUUUUUAAUUAUUGAAAUAUUUCAAAAUUGACUACAUGUAACCAGUAAUAAAUCAUGUAUAUGUUACAGAAAAAUCUGAUAUAAUAUUUCAGUCAAUGCCCCUGUGGAGUCCACACAACUAGGUAGUCUCUUGGUGUAUGGGGAAUCAAAGACUAACUCUAUUGGUCCAAAAACUAUGUACACAGUCUCAAGUGGCUGUCACAUUUCAUGAUUGUUGAAAUAUUUGAUGUUGGUUCAAUUUACAAUUUGACUGACAUCUUCGUAACGUAUGUGGAAUUAAUUCUUGUGUCAGUUUGGAAUAUAUUACUUUCAUUUGAAUUUGCCAAGGAAAGGAAAAUAGCAGUGGCUUUCAAAUAUUUUUUGCCACAAUUCAAAUUACUGCUGAUCUCUAAUAUUAGUCUAGACUAGAGACUGUUGGUAUAGCACAGACCCAUAUUCACAUGUAUAUGCCAAAUUUUAUUGAUUCUAAGAUAUUUUUGUCAUAUUUUGACAACUUUGGAAGAGGAUACACCUUUUAAUUUUCAAUUUAUAGCUUUUUACAAUCACCAUUGACCAUUCUGUCUCAUUACCAUCUCUGAGAAUAGCAUGUUUCUCAUAAUGAAUACGUGAUGUCUUAUACUUGAUUUUUUUAAAAAAAGUACCUCGUCAAAAAUAAGUUUUAUAAAUUAUUAGCUUGUGUUCUGAUAUUCAUUAUUCUAUUUUAUCUCAUUGUCAAAAAUGUUGGUUGAAACUCAUGAAAUUGAUUUCCUCAAUCCUUCUUGAGACCUAAUCUACAUUUUUAAGAAUGUUCCUUUAUUUAAUGUUAUUGUAAUCUCAUUUUUCAAAUGGGAAUUUCUCCUAAAAAAGGUACAUACAUUGUAAAUUAUUAGCCUGUGUUCUUAUAUUCAUUAUUCUAUUUUAUCUCAUUGUCAAAAAUGUUGGUUGAAACUCAUGAAAUUGAUUUCUUCAAUCAUUCUUGAUACCUAAUCUACACUUUUAAGAAUGUUCCUUUGUUGCCCAGCUGCUCGGGAGGCUGAGGCAAGAGAAUCGCGUAAGCCCAAGAGUUAGAGGUUGCUGUGAGCUGUGUGACGCCACGGCUCUCACUGUACCCGAGGGCGGUACAGUGAGACUCUGUCUCUACAAAAAAAAAAAAAAAAGAAUGUUCCUUUGUUUAAUGUUAUCAUAAUCUCUUGUUUUUCAAAUAGGAACUUCUCCUAAAAGCAUAGAUAAUACUUUCUCUCUCCAAAAGUAGUGAAUAAAUCACCCCAAGAUAUUUUUUGAAGAUAAGAGUUAGGAAAUGAGUGCUUUUAUCUUUGGACCUCUUUAUGUCAAAUCUGCUUUGACACUAUGAAAACUAGUUACACUCAGCCCUGUUGGACUUGGCUAGUUGUUAAUUGUUGAUCCCCCAACCACUAUUUAUGAAUUGGCAAAAAUAGUCUAUACUUACAUACAUAGCUAGGGAAAAAGAGUGACUAUGACAAUAAUUGUUCCUGAUUAAACAACUGUGAAUGAAAUUAACUAACUCAGAUGACCACUUUGGAUGGUGGAAGUAAAUUCCAAAGUGUGGAACUCUGACUUCAACACCUACUACUACCAGCAGCUACUGAGAUUUAUCAAGUACUUACCAUGCUUCAGGCAUUGUGCUAUGCUACUUAUAUGGGCUCUUGCUUAAUUGAGUGGUUACAUGGUUGCUUUAAUAAAGUUUACUGCAGACAUUCAUCUUCAUAGAUGGAAGAAUUCUCCAAACCUUAAAAUUCAACCAUAUAUGACAUCUUAUAGAAGGAAUUGCUUUUGAACCUCACAGUGGUAAAACAGACAUGGUUUCAGUUCUCAUAGAAUAUGGGGCUUACUUAGUAGGAAAAACACAUAUUAAGCAUAUAGAUACAUAAUUCCAAAUUAUACCUUCUAUGAAAAACAAAUAGAUGUGAACAGAAAACCCUAAGACACAUUAAUUAGAUGGUUGAGGGUGAUGAAAAGUUUUUGAAGGUGCUCAUACAUUUAUAUUUUAAAGUAUUUCUUGCUAAUCACAUUAAAAGUAUAACAAAUAAUAUGUACAAGUUUUACAAAGUACCAUGUACUCAUCACACAGGUUAAGAAACAGAACAUUAGUAACUCUCUUCCACCUUGCUUCUACUCUCUUCUCAAAUCCAGAGAUAACCUCUGAAUUAUAUUUUACGAUUCCCUUAAUUUAAGUUUUGCACCUAUGUAUAUACCCUUAAAACAUCUUAGCUAAUGUUGCCUGUGCAUGAAUAUUGUAUAAACCUAAUCAUACUAUGUACACGCAUAGUCUUCUUCUGCCUUUGCACAACACAUUUUGUUUUGAGAGGUACCCAUUUGUAGCAUGUAGGCUUUUGCAUGACAAUAGAACCUGACCCCCACAGGCUGCCACUGCUGUGCCGUGGCUGGACUAGAUGGACAGCCGAGGGCCUAGUAGGAAGAAUGACCACCUACCCAGAUGAACUGCCACAGGCAGGGACAGCUGGACACAGAGUUUAUUUUUGUAUUUUGUGCUGAGCCUACACACUCCACUCCCUACACUCUGUGGCCUGAGGCCCCACAAGCAGGCCCCAGCAGUCAUUGGCUCUGGUUUGGGACCAGGCCCUAGCACCUACCUUUAGCCCCCCCACUUUGCCCAUUUGACCAUGUGUACUGAAUGUCACUUUGCUGCAGCUCAUUCAUUUCCAAAAAAAGUUUCUGUGAAUUAGGGAAAAAGAAAGAGAGAGAGAAAGAAGGAAAGAAAGUAUGAAAGAAAGAAAAAGGAAAAUAAGAAAGAAAGAAAAAGAAAGGAAGGAGGGAGGGAAGAAGAGAGGGAAGGAAAGAAGGAAGGAAGGAGAGAGAGAAAGAAGGAAAGAGAAAGAAAGAAAGAAAGAAAGAAAGAAAGAAAGAAAGAAAGAAAGAAAGAAAGAAAGAAAGAAAGAAAGAAAGAAAGAAAGAAAGAAAGAAAAUAGAAAUUGGUCUAAGACACAUUUCCUUUAUCUCUUGACUUUUCAUUCCUGCAUAUUAUUCUACUAGCAAGUGUUACAUGUAUUUUAUUUUUAUUUAUUUAUUUUUAUUAAAUCAUAGCUGUGUACAUUGAUAUGAUCAUGGGGCAUCAUACACUAGCUUCUUCCACAUUUACUAAGUUUCACAUAUACCCUUGUAAGAUGCACUGCUGGUGUAAUCCCACCAAUCCCCCUCCCUCUCCCCACCUUCCCCCUCCGUCCCCUCCCUUUCCCCCUUCCUCCUAUUCUUAGGUUGUAACUGGGUUAUAGAUUUCAUGUGAAAGCCAUAAAUUAGUUUCAUAGUAGGGCUGAGUACAUUGGGUACUUUUUCUUCCAUUCUUCAGAUACUUUACUAAGAAGAAUAUGUUCCAGCUCCAUCCAUGUAAACAGGAAAGAGGUAAAGUCUCCAUCUUUCUUUAAGGCUGCAUAGUAUUCCAUGGUGUACAUAUACCACAAUUUAUUAAUCCAUUCGUGGAUUGAUGGGCACUUGGGCUUUUUCCAUGACUUAGCAAUUAUGAAUUGGGCUGCAAUAAACAUUCUGGUAAAAAUAUCUUUGUUAUGGUGUGAUUUUUGGUCUUCUGGGUAUGUGCCCAGUACAGAAAUUAUAGGAUUGAAUGGCAGAUCUAUUUUUAGAUCUCUAAGUGUUCUCCAUAUCUCUUUCCAAAAGGAAUGUAUUAAUUUGCAUUCCCACCAGCAGUGCAAAAGUGUUCCCUUUUCUCCACAUCCAUGCCAAAAUCUCUGGUCUUGGGAUUUUGUGAUAUAGGCUAGUCUCACUGGAGUUAGAUGAUAUCUCAAAGUAGUUUUGAUUUGCAUUUCUCUGAUGAUUAAAGAUGAUGAGCAUUUUUUCAUAUGUCUGUAGGCCAUGUGCCUGUCUUCUUCAGAGAAGUUUCUCUUCAAAUCCCUUGCCCAGACUGCAAUGGGAUCACUUGUUCUUUUCUUUCUAAUGCAUUUGUGUUCCCUGUGGAUUCUGGUUAUUAAACCUUUGUCGGAGACAUAACCUGCAAAUAUCUUCUCCCAUUCUGAGGGCUGUUUGCUUGCUUUACUUACUAUGUUCUUGGCUGUGCAGAAGCUUUUUAGUUUGAUCAAGUCCCAGUAGUGUAUUUUUGAAGCUGCUUCUAUUGCCCAGGGGGUCUUCCUCAUAAAAUACUCGCCCAGACAGAUUUCUUCAAGGGUUUUCCCUGCACUCUCUUCUAGUAUUUUUAUAGUUUCAUGUCUUAAGUUUAAAUCUUUAAUCCAGUGAGAGUCUAUCUUAGUUAAUGGUGAAAGGUGUGGAUCCAGUUUCAGUCUCUGCAGGUUGCCAGCCAGUUCGCCCAACACCAUUUCUUAAAUAGGGAAUCUUUUCCCCUCUGAAUGUUUUUAAUUGGCUUGUCAAAGAUUAAAUAACGGUAAGUAGCUGGAUUCAUCUCUUGGUUCUCUAUUCUGUUUCAGACAUCUACCUCUCUGUUUUUGUGCCAAUACCAUGUUGUUUUGAUUACUAUCAAUUUGUAGUAUAGUCUGAGGUCUGGUAGUGUAAUUCUUCCUGCUUUGUUUUUAUUUCUGAGUAAUGUAUUGGCUAUUCAAAGUUUUUUUCUGAUUCCACAUAAAAUGAAGUAUUGUUUUUUCAAGAUCUUUAAAGUAUGACAGUGGAGCUUUAAUAGGAAUUGCAUUGAAAUUAUAUAUUGCUUUGGGUAGUAUGGAUUUUAACAAUGUUGAUUCUUCCCAGCCAUGAGCAUGGUAUGUUUUUCCAUUUAUUAACAUUUUCAGCUAUUUCUUUUCUUAGAGUUUCAUUGUUCUCUUUAUAGAGAUCUUUCACAUCCUUUGUUAGAUAAAUUCCUAAAUAUUUCAUCUUCUUUGGCACUACUGUAAAUGGGAUAGAGUCCUUAACUGUUUUUUCAACUUGACUACUGUUGGUAUAUAUAAAGGCUACCAAUUUAUGAAUAUUGAUUUUGUAACCUGAGAUGCUGCUGUAUUCCUUGAUCACUCCUGAGAGUUUUGUGGUAGAGUCCCUAGUGUUUUUGAGAUUUACAAUUAUAUCAUCUGUGAAAAGCGAAAGUUUGAUCUCUUCUGACCCUAUAUGGAUACCCUUGAUUGCCUUUUCUUCCCUAAUUGCGGUGGCUAAAACUUCCAUUACAAUGUGAAAAAGCAGUGGAGACAAUGGGCAGCCUUAUCUGGUUCCUGAUCUGAGUGGAAAUGAUUCCAAUUUAACUCUAUUCAAUAUGAUAUUGGCUGUGGGUUUGCUGUAGAUGGCCUCUAUCAGUUUAAGAAAUGUCCUUUCUAGACCAAUUUUCUUGAGUGUUCUGAUGAUGAAAGGAUGUUGGAUUUAUCAAAAGCUUUUUCUGCAUCAAUUGAGAGAAUCAUAUGGUCUUUGUUUUUUAAUUUGUUUAUGUGCUGAAUUACAUUUAUAGAUUUACUUUUAUUGAACCAGCCUUGAGACCCUGGGAUAAAACCAACUUGGUCACGAUGUAUAAGUUUGAUGUGUUGCUGGAUUCUGUUUGUUAGGAUCUUGUUGAAUAUUUUUGCAUCUAUAUUCAUUAGUGAAAUUGGUCUAUAAUUUUCUUUUCUUGUGGGCUCUUUUCCUGGUUUGGGGAUCAGUGUGAUGUUUGCUUCAUAGAAUGUGUUGGAUAGUCUUCCUUCUUUUUCUACCUUUUAGAACAGGUUGAGUAAUAUAGGUACUGAUUCCUCUCUAAAGGUUUGGUAGAAUUCUGACGUGAAACCAUCUGGUCCUGGGCUUUUCUUUUUAGGGAGGUUUUGUAUGGUUGAUGCUAUUUCUGAACUUGACAUGGGCCUGUUCAACAUUUCCACUUGAUUCUGGCUAAGUCUUGGAAGGUGAUGUGCUUCCAGGUAUCAGUCAAUUUCCUUCAGAUUUUCAUAUUUCUGAGAAUAAAGUUUCUUGUAAUAUUCAGUAAGGAUUUUUUGGAUUUCUAAGGAGUCUGUUGUUAUUUCAUCUUUGUCGUUUCUAAUUGAUGAGAUUGGAGAUUUUACUCUUUUUUUCCUGAUUAGGUUGGCCAAAGGUUUGUCUAUUUUAUUGACCUUUUCAAAAAAACAGCUUUAUGAUUUAUUGUAUUAUUCUUUUGUUUUCAAUUUCAUUUAAUUCUGCUCUAAUUUUGGUUAUUUCUUUUUUUCUACUCGGUUUGGGAUUGGAAUGUUCUUCCUUUUCCAGUUGCUUGAGAUGUCCCAUUAAGUUGUUAACUUCCUCUCUUUCCGUUCUCUUGAGGAAGGCUUGCAGUGCUAUAAAUUUCCCUCUUAGAACUGCCUUUGUGGUGUCCCAGAGGUUCUGAUAGUUUGUGUCUUCAUUGUCAUUUUGUGUCAAAAAAAUUGGCAAUUUCUUUCUUAAUCUCAUCUCUGACCCAGCUAUCAUUCAGCAUAAGGUUAUUUAACGUCCAUGUUUUUGUAUGAGUAUGCAGAUUCCAGUUGUUACUGAGCUCAAGUUUUAUUCCAUGGUGGUCCGAGAAGAUGCAAGGAAUAAUUUCUAUUCCUUUAAAUUUACUGCGGUUAGACUUGUGACCUAAGAUGUGAUCGAUUUUGGGGUAAGUUCUAUGGUCUGAUGAGAAGUAUGUGUAUUCAGUUUUGUUGGGAUGAAAUGUUGUGUAGAUGUCUGCUAAAUCCAAAUGUUGCAUGGUUAGGUUUAUAUCUAAAAUUUCUUUGCUCAGCUUCUUGUUGGAAGAUUGAUCCAACACUGCCAAAGGAGUGUUGAAAUCUCCGACUAUUAUGGAGCUGGAGGAAAUCAAGUUGCUCAUGUCUGUUAGAGUUUCUCUUAUAAAUUGAGAUGCAUUCUGGUUGGCUGCAUAGACAUUAAUAAUUGAAAUCGCAUCAUAUUGAGUAUUACCCUUAAGAAAUAUGAUUCCUUACUUUUGUUGAUUUAAAGCCUAUUUUAGCUGCAAAUAAAAUUGCAAGCAAAUGUUACAUGUAUUUUAGAGGACAGUUGUAAAUCACCUUUAAGUUUUGCUAUCCCCAAAAGUAAUUUUGUAAAUGAUGUGAGGUGGUUAUUUAUUUCAUUUUUCUUAUAAAAAAUCUAUAUCAUCUAUGAUUUUUUUUCUCCCUCACAAGUCAAGUUCCAUAUGUGUAUACAUACACACACACAGAGAAUGCCAAAAAUGCAUACUUAUUUUAAGAAAGAAAAAACUAUAUUAAAAUUAUAAUAUUCAAUAUAUACUGAUAACGAAAGUAUAAUACAAGUCACAUUGAGCACCUCUUGUAAUUGCAGAAGUUAAAUUUGACUUGAAUAUUACAAAUUUAAUACAGUUCUUUCCUUCUAAAAUGAGUAUGUGCUGUUUGGCACCCUCUGUAUAUGUGGGGUUUCUUUUCUUUCUAGGCUAUCUGUACUUUUUUGUUGACUAGUUUGGCUAUUCUUUCAUCAGUACCACUCUGUCUUAAUUAUUUAACAUAAUGGGGCCUGGGAUCUGCUGGUUAAAUCUCUCAGUUUCUUUUUCUUAGGCUUGCCUUGAUCAUCUCAGGUUCCUUUUUUUUUUUUUAAUUUUAUAGAAUAUUUUGAAGUAAAUUUAGAAUAAAUCUAUUCUAUUCCAUAAAAACUCAUGCUGGGAUUUAAAUUAAAUAGCAAUUAAAUUUUAGAUCCAUUUUGGAAGCCUUGGCUCAUUUUAGGGUACAGCCUUCUAGACCAUAAGAUUUAUUUCCAUUUUUUUAUGACGCUUUAAUGUUUUUUAAUAGUUUUACUUUUGUUAUUAUGGAACUGCACAUUUAUAGUUUUACAUAUUCCUAAGCACUUCAUAAUCUCACUGCUAACCUCAUAUUAUUUUUUAUAAAAUUUAAUGUUUAACUGAUAGCACUGUGUAGACAUGCAAUUGAUAUGAUGUUGAUUUUGAUUUUUUAACAUUCUGAAAUUUUUUAUUUUGAUCAAUUAGAAAAAUUUUUUAUGUAGGAAAUCAUUAUCUGGGAAAAUAUAAGUAUAAUUUUCAUUUACUUUCUAAUUCUUCAGAUUUUUAUUUCUUUUCCUCUGUUUUUCUUCCUUUGGAUUGAGGGAUGUGUGUGGGAGUGUUCAAUCUGUUUUUUUCCUUCUAUUUGCGUGCAAGUUAUACAAUUAUUCUCUGUUAUUUUAAUAAUCACUCUGGCUAGCUUAACAUGCAUACAUUACUAAGUUUAAAAUUAGUCUUUUUUAAAAAACCUUCAUCCAGACCAGUUGAAAAAAUUUGAAUGCUUUAACAUCAAACAGCCACCUCUCUACAUACACACUAUUGUUUAUUCAGGAUAGCAAUUUUUAUCUGGUUUCCACACACACAUACACACACACUCACUCUCUCACUCAAAUCUUUGCUUGCUAUUUUUACCUGUAGCUCAGAUAUUAUUUAUGGAUAAAAAUACACUUAGAAUGUAUUAGAAUUUAUUUUAAUGAGUAUCUUUUUGGUGGUAAACUCUGUUAGUCCUUGGGAUAAAAAAGUCUUUUGUUUCCCCAUUCCUAAUAAAUAGUUUCUCUAGUUAUAGAAUUUUGUAUUGAUAGUUUUUUUCUCUCAGGGAACAGAAAGUCUUAGUUCUCUGGGCUGCCAUUAUUGCUGUUUAAGCACUCAGCCACUUCUUACUCUAAUGCUCUUAAGAGCCAUUUUUCAUCGAUGAUUUGCAGUAUUACUACAACAUGUCAAGGUGGUUGUUAAUUAUUCUAUUUCCUCUACUCUUUAUAGGCUGUGCUAAGAUCUGGGGAUUAAUUUUUCUUAAGUUUUGAAAAUUCUGAGUUACCAUGCAUUCAAAUAUUACCUCUUAUCCAUUAUUACUUUUUGGAACUCCAAUAAAAUGCAUGUUAGACUUUUUCACUCUUUUACCCAUAUCUUUAAGCUCCUUAUAUUAAUAUUUUCUAUUUCUUUGAAUUUCUGGGCUGCAUUCUUGAUUAAAUAUUUUAAAACAUUUUUCAGUUUCUAGAAGUUUAAAAACUUCCUUUAACCCACUUAUGUUUUCAGACAUUAGUGGUAGAUCCCUUGGUCCCCCUCCAAGGCCCCCUUCACUGGCUAGGUGGCCUUCCACUCAUCCAAAUACCUGUCUCAAGCUUCAUGUCUAGAAAAAUUAUCUAAGACAGCAUUUCCUUUAUCUAUUCUUAAUAAUAAAUAUUUUAUAUUUUAUAUCUCAUAAACAAUAAAUUUGUGGUUCUGUUUCUGUUGGUUUUCACACAUAAUGCCUUCAUAUCCUGAGUAUUUUGUGACAUGAGCUUUAAAUCACUCAUUUUGACCAUUUUGAAUUCUUUAAGAAUAAGGUUAAAAUUUAUUUUUCAAGAAAGUAUUCAUAUUUGUAUCUACCCAUUUUCCUAUGAUCACUAAGAAAACCACCUUAAAUUCUUGGUUCCAGGUUUCUCAGACUACAUGAAUAGCAUGAAUCUGGGUACAUGAAUCCAUCUGGAGGCCAACAUGCAGUAACAAAUUCUCAGAAAUUUGUUCACCAUUUUCCUACUGACAUCAUACAUACUCCUAUGCUGGUCAACAUUGUAAAGGGGUCCCCUAUUAGCUUAUUUACCUCGAACAGAUCUCUGCUUUUUCCAGGGCUGAUUUAGUUAUCUACACUGAAAAGCAAUGUCUUCAGGAUUUAGCAGAAACUCUUCAGAUGAAAGCCAGAUCCUUGCUUCCUUUCCAGGUUCUUGCUUUUAUUUCAUUGGGGGCGGCAGGGGGCUAGUGGGGGGAGGAGUUUCUAAUAAUUUCUUACUUUUAUGCCAUCUCAUUUAAAAAGGCUUUUACAAACUGUAUUCUUUUGGUGUCUACUCCUGUACAACAAACAUUCUAAACUAUAAAGAAAUAUUUUAUCAUGAAAACAAAAAAUAUUAUCCAUAUCCUAUUUUCUAAAGUAGAAUAUAUGGAAAAUUAGUUGUUAUAUUGUCUCAACAACUCAUACAAAUUUAUAUAAAUGCCAUUUCUAUAAUGGGGUACGCUGUGGCUAUUAUAAUAUGUAGGGUGCUUACAUAACAUAUUUACUUCAUAUUGCUUUAAUUUAUAAGAAACUGACUGUAGUUAUUAAUUUCAAAUUUAAUAUACUUUUUCUAUAACUAUUUUCUGCUCAAUUACUUUCUACUUAUUCCUAAACUCAAAAUUUAUGGAUUUACAUUCAAAUUAUGUAGUUAUCUGUUCCCAAAACUGAAAUUGCUAUACCACAGACUUCUUUUUAGUGAACGGAUUUUUGCACAACCUUAAAAAAGAAACCUGCCAACACCCUGGAAAUAUCACAUCAAUACAGCACAACGUGGGAAUCAGUGGAUUAGAGCACUCUGUUACUGAGAGUAUGGAUCUGAAGCUUGAAUGAACCCUUAGCAUCUGUAGAAUAUAUAUGAUAUAUUCUCUACUCUGUAAUAGUAUUUUUUAAUAUUAGUAGAGUAUAUUGUCAAAGAAGAAAGUAAUAAUGGGAUCAUUGUGAACUAAUGUUAGUGGGUCCACACCUACAGUGCAUCUUAGAAAGGUACAGGUGAAAUUUACUAAAUGUAGAAUAUAAAAGUCUGAACACAAUACUUAAGAAAAUGCCAUGAAGGCUAUGCUAACCAGUUCAAUGAAAAUAUUUCAAACUUUAUAUAAAACCAGCACAUUGUACCUCAUUAUUGCAUUAUUGUACACAGCUGUGAUUUAAUUAAAAAAAGAAA